UCUGCGCUGUGGAUGCUGAUGUCUGUAAUCGGGGUGGCUUGCCAAUUGGUCCUUAUUGCCGGAUCCUCACACUCACUACCGCUUUUCUGCCAACAUUUGGUUUUCUAUGCCGAUCUGUUCGUGAUAUGUAUAUGCAGUCUGCCACAUGAUUUUCUACACAUCCAACAAAUUCUGGUUUCGGAUCUUGGUAUUCACCAUCAAUCGAUAGCUACGCCUUUUCCUGCAUAUUUCUACCGCACAUUGGCAGAAAUAAAUCACCCACUCGAAAAGCAACGGUCAAAGGCUGCCCCAGAUCCUCCAUCCACUUGCAAACCAAUGUUUUCUAUGACGAUUUUCUGUUUACUCAAGACUGCCUUACAUUCCUGGAAGGUCACUUUCCCAACAAGGUUCACAUCUCUUGCAUACAUUACGCAACUGCCAGAUGCCGAAGCAACGCGAGGCCCAUGCAGUAUACAAAGAAGAGGGAUUGCUGCAUUCUCAGAAACCACGCAAUGAUUGAAUCAUUGCAUGAGAGCUUCCCGAUUGAUCACGGCCUCGUGGCCUUUUGACCUCGUGUUCACGGCUAUUGUAUGUCGCUAGUUGGCGAAACUCUAUUCCAGGGAUCUUUGGGUGGGACUAUUGCUCACCACUUUCUUCUUCACCAACACGACAAGGGUUGCCAUUACAUGCAAACGCUUACCCACCGAUAGGAUACUUUACGGAUAAGACACAUCACCAAAGACGAC